CUCUCUCUACACUGUCAUUGUCGUUGCUUUCAGAACGAUCGUGCUGUUUGUACGAGUUACUCGAGCCGUGAACGCUGGACUGCACCCUGUUCCACGGCUUUAUUUCAUUGUACGGUGGUGAAAAGUUAUGGGGUACGGGGUCUUAUAGUCUUCCGGGGGUUCGCGGGAGAUACGCUGGUGUCGUCGACCUGGCAACGAGAAAAAGCAUCCGACCACGGCUAAUAAAUCGUUGAAUAAUUGUUCAACAACCUCCGUACGCUUUGUUCCACCAGCGGAUUUGUCAAUUGUGUUUCUCUGACUUCUUUCUACAGGUUGUGAUAUUGAUUUAACGAAACAUAGAAGAGGUUUGUUCGCAGGAGGGAUCUUCGUUUCGAAAUUUCAGUGAAAAGGUCCGUGGGGAGACGACGAUAAUGGGACUUCAAGUUCACUGCUUUUAUCUAGCCUGCCUUCUGCUGGUCGCGUCGAUGCCCCUGUCCGAAGGAUUCUUCCUACCGGAGAAGCCUUUGCUCUUGAGGACGUUCGAGGAGAGGUUGAAGGACAUGGGAGAAAAAAUCGGUGACACGGUCAGGGAGAAACUGAACUCUAUCCUCGAGCCACCGUGGAUGCAAACGACCACCAUGAGUACCACGACCACCGAGGAACUUGAUAUGGAUACCGAUGUUGAAGCUGGUAUCGGGGAAGAGAGGCAGAUCAUCGUGGCACCCAUCAGGUGUCCUCCUAAUCAUGACUUCGCGAGAGGAAGAUGUCGUAGAAAACUUCGUUGACUACUUCCUAUUUAUAAUACAAGUGUUACAGAAGGUGUAAAAUUAUCAGUAUGGAUCCUAAUAUUCUUGUGCUGAUAUUUGAUGGGUUUCGUGUACUCCAAAACGACUCUGUAAAAAUGUACCUGCUUUCUCUUUCAUAUUUUACUCAUCUUGGGUUAUC